UUGACUAGCCCGUGGACUGGCCGGGACCGGCCUGGACUGUGUGUGGCCUCGUGUGUGUGUGUGGCAUGGGGUAGCAUGGGCGCCGGGCACAGCGCAGAGGACGCGCGGGCCUACAGCGAUCCGCCCGCCCAGGGCCGCCGCAGGACGCAGCAGAGGAGACGAAGGCACUCAGUGGACUCGGUCGCGUCGUAUUCUAGCCAGAAUCACGUGGACCGAAUAAGGACUCAGAACUUCUCAGCGGCUUCUUGUCACGACGAGGACUUCGGCUCGAUCAAGACCAGCCUGUUCCGAAGGUCGUCGUCCAACUUGGAAUUCUCGGUGAAGAGACCGGACAGCGUCGUCUCCAACACCAGCUCCACGAGAAGCCGGCUUCGAGAGUUCGUGGAGAGGAAGGCGAGUCAGGACGAGCACAAGUCGGCGGCCAACACCGUCGCCGACAUACAGUACUUCGAGAACCCGGCUGAAACGCUCGAGUUCGACAAGUCGCACAGCUCCCUGGAAUCGAAGAAGAGCCAGGACGAGCGACCCAAGAAGAGGAAGCUAUCGAAGAAGGAGCCCGACGUCAAAAACAAAAAGCAGGAGAAGUACCAGAGCAAACUAGCCGAGUACUACAAGGUACCGCCCGUGCAGCUGCCGCAGGACGAGUUCUAUCAGCAUCUGACCAAAUCGCGAGCGGCAGAGGAAUUUCUGCAUAGGAGGUUUCCUAAUUCUGACACAGAAGUCAGCGGCAGCUACGGCCGCCUAUGUAAACACAAGGAGGUCGAGGGUUCCAACCUAAGAAGAAGCAGAAGUCUAGCGGUUAUCAGGGAGGAAACAUUCACUGAUCUUCAGCUACAAAAUCACACAAAGAAUAAGAGGUCUCAGCUUAUACCCCGCGCCCGUUUGUUCGACAAGCCUUGCUUUAAGGACAGAUUGAUUGGCCGAGCGAAAUACCAAACCAAGGAAGAAGUUUUAGAAGGCAUUUACAUCGAUAGUACUGUUUCUUGCUUCGGAGAUAUAAGUGGACAAAAAGAGGAACAAAACACACACCAAAUCAGUAUAACAGAUUGCAUUGAAAAGGACAGAUCGAGAUCAGAAAGCCGCAAUUCAAAGUCUGUUAGCGGAAGUUGGCCCAAUUUAAACGACGAAUCAAAACAGAUUAAUCUUUCUGAAGAUAGCAUCGGUCAUUCGCGUAAUCCCAGCGAAAUAGACAGUUUAGAUUCAAACUAUGUUCGAAAGCAUUACAAUUUUGAAGCUCAUUUAAAAAACUAUAACGAAAGCUCGCCUGAAACUGAGAGAUCUGUAAGGUCCAGAAAUAAUUCACAGGAGCUAUAUAUUACAGACGAUCACGACAGUGAAAAAGGAGUAGAGGAAAAAGUUCAAACGCCCGAUUUACUUCAUGAUUAUUCUUUGAAAGAUACUGAAAUAAACGGAGUAGAAGAAAGGGAUGAAAAAACAAUAAUCGACGAAAAAGAUAAUUUUACAGAAACGAAAGCUGACCCACAUUGUAAGCUAGACGAUCAAGAGACUGGAGAAAAACUUUUUCACAGCUGUAAAAAUAAUAGUGAAAAUAAUAAUUGCGACACUCAAUCCGUAUUGUCAGAAAACGAUGAAACUAUAUCUAGCCCACCUGACAGCAUAACAUCCUACAUAUCCAUAUCAAUUGCAUCAUCAACUGACAGAUCACAUAAGUUAGAGCAUUUAGCAAAUUCACUAGCUGAAAAAAUCGACGAAUAUUGCGAUUCUCAAUUCGAAAACGUUGUACUUCCUCAUAACCCGCAAACAAUAAACUCUGAAAGUCAGGAUUCUGGUAUUGAUCCUAUUUAUACCUCUGUUAGCAAGAAAACAACAUUUGCUGAUAUUAAGAGAGGAACUUUUAUCAAAACAAGUGAAAACAGUAAGGAUAAAAUUGAAGAAAAAUCUAACGUCGAAGUUUAUGUUACAAAUAUAGACUGCAACACAGAUGGUAUAGAUUCCAAAACUAGAAUCUGUUCUGCUUCUACAAAGAAUUUAUGCACCGAACCUUUUGUUUCUACGCUAGUUGAAAAUCAAUAUUAUUCUUUGCCUGAUAUUAACAUAAGUAAAUGUUUAAGGAAGUGUGAAAGAAUUGACGCGCAACUUAGAGAGGAAGAUCCAGAAGAUAUAAUAGAAAACACAUACGGUGUGAAUGAAAAUCAUUUUCGUGAACUUUUAUCGCACGAAAAUUACGGACAGCUUAAUAAAAACUGUUUUAACAAUACAACAGACAAAAACAUAACUAAAACAAGUCAAGUAUUUCUUAGUGAAUAUUCAGAACCUGUAAUAAUUCAAAACUAUUCAAAAUUAGAAGACGAUUUAAAAUCUAUAAUUACUAUCGAGAGUAAUACAGAGCAGGAUUGCGGAUUUUAUCAUUCAGACUCACACCAAAACGAACGAGAAAUUAAUGAAAUUGAAGGUACUAUACGAAACAACAAACUAAUAUCUAAAUCUGAGAGUUUAAAGUUAUCCAAUAAUUCUAAAAUAUUACGGCCAGAAGCUAAGAUUUUAAAAUCACAAUCAAACGAUAAUAUAAAUUUAAAGGUUCGUGAUAAACCAAAAACUGGAAUAAGGAAACAUUAUUCUCUUCGACAAAGAGAUCCAAACAAGGACGAAGACAGAUUACCUAGUCCCAGUAUUAUUGAAAAUUCUAAGAAAAAUAACUGUAACAUACCUGUCAUUGAUUUAUCUUUCAGUGAACAAAUCAGAAAUCAUUCACUUUUAUCGAGGGUGCAAUCUUUCAAGACUUCUGCGGAAUCCGAAAUUGCAAUUGUACCUCUAAGUGGUCACCAAACUAUAGUAAUUAACCCACCUUUAUCUCAAAAUACCUCCGACACCAGAGUUGAUUUACCAACAAAUUCAGAAAUUAAUCAUAAUAUCUUGACUCAAAAAGAAGUAAAAGUAAUAACUUCGGAACAACAUAAUAACAAGCUAUCGGAAAAGUACGACGUCGAAUUACAAAGGAAAAUUAGUGACAAUAAGGAUCAUUUUGAUGAUUUAAAAAAUAGUUUAUCAUCAAGAGAACCGUUCAUUACAAUUAAACUUAAUAAAGUUGUAAAGGCAACUAUACCUAAGUUGAAAAGUGAUAGUUACGAUCAACUAACCAACUAUAGGCCGCAAUUGCACAAACCUCCAUCUAAGCUUAUAAUUAAAGAUAGUGAUAACAAUUGCGCGACUACAAAACUUAAUAUGACUCGACCACAAAUACUACAAGUCGUAGACUCUACGAAAAGUAAAAAAGAAGACGUCAAUAAUGUGGCUUCAGAGAAAGAAGUAAGUUCGUCAGAUAAAACCCAGAGUUUGCCAAAUUCUGUAGCAAAAGAAGAUAGAAACGAUUACAUUACAGUCAAGGAUAAAUUAAAUAAUGCUAUAAAAACAGAUCUUGAAUAUCAAGUCAAAAUUAACUCAGUAAAAAAUUAUUGGUCAAACUUAAUCGAAAAGACCCCAGAACCUACCCAGCCAAACAAUAUGCAAAACAAAGACACAAUAAAUAAAACAAAUCCAGAAGUGUCAGAACCUGAUAACACUAUAUCGCAAAAUGUAAACAAUGACGAAUGCACCCCAGAAGUGUCAGUAAAUAGUAUUGUGAAGUCGUUAGAAAGUGUUAAAAUAGUAGAUAGUAUAAGAAAGCUUAGCCAAACAAAAUUACAGCUCUGGAAGGAUGAAUCAGAAAAAGUAAAGAGUGAUUCGGAAAUAGAAGAAAAACCCGUUGAAAAAAUUAAAAAUAAAGAAAAUAGUAAUGAAGUAUAUGAUAAGUCUAGUAAAACAAAAAAAUCUGAACAGGAGAUAGCAAGAGAUACUCCUGAAAUAGAAAUAGUUGAAUUGAGUAGCGACGAUAACCAAAAUCAAAAAACUCAAGCAACUCUCAUAAAAGCCCCUGGUUAUGAAAAAGGCUGUGAUGAAUUUGACCAUGUACGAUACAAAGUAAUGAAAUCGGAAUUAUUUAAAAACAGUAUGAUUGCUAAUUACCGAAAAGAAGCUCAAUUUGAUGGUCUCCUUCAAUAUUUACAAGACUACAGUUUUCAGGAACUACUAGUUAACAAUAAUAUUGUUAUAAUCGAGCCCGUAAGAACAAAAAUUGAGCCAGCUCCUCGGAAAAACACAAACACGGAUACCUGUAAAAUUCCGCCGACUUUGUUGAAGAAGAAUGAUCAGUCAUUUCAAAAUGAAAAGUCAAAGAAUUCGGUUCGUAGACACUUUUUCUAUCAUCCAAUUAGAGUAAAUAAAGAAAUAAUAGAAGAGGAACUUCCAAACCCUGACACAGUCAAGAAAGUACGAAAUUUAUUUGAAGAUACUUUGAAAAUGAAAAGUCCUAUGGCCCAUGAUCCCCCAUUAGUCGAAGAACAUUUGAACUUAUCACGAAGGUCAACGUCCUACCGCAACUUAAGCGAAGAAACAAAAGGAUCUAAAGGGUCAGUAAGAAAGAAGGUUACGAGACACUUAACUAUAGACACCAGUUUUGGAAAUAAAAAAUGGGACAGUGCUAGUCUUUCGAGUGGAGUCUCUAGUGGAGACUUGAGUUCAAACAACGAAUAUGAUAAUGAGGCUCUCAGUCCUUAUUCGCAAAAAAACCUAAAAGACAACACAUACAGUUCAAGCGAUGAGUACUUAUGUGAUUCAGCCAACCAAGAUUUUUGUUGCGAAAGUCAAUACGUAAGUCCGGAUAUUUUAAAGAAAAUAAGAGAUUGUGGUACCUCAGUAACAUACUACGGAGGAAAAGUAUUAAACUCAAAAACAGGUGCCGCCGUAAGCCCUAUGACAAAAGCUAUAAUGGACGAAAUCAAAAAUUUACAAAAAAAUUGUAGCAGAGAUUGCUACUCUUGCCAAACCAAAUGUAAAGGAUCAAAAUGCUCGUGUCUCAUUGCAGACAAGCACCAGAAACUUGUACCCGAAAGGCAUAAUAUCGAUACACUCAUAGAAAAUCAAAAUCAAGAUCUAGACAAACGAACAGAUGGAUUCCCCGGUUUCAAAUUUAAACUUGUAAAAUCGAAUAGCUGUAGCAGUCGCUUAGAAUUAACAGGGACGGAUGAAAACAGAAACGCGCGUAUGAAAUUUAGGAAACAAAACUCCAGGGAAGACCCGCCCUUAGUUUGCGAAGAAGAGAAUUCCGUAAAAAAUAAAAUAUGUCGGCUCGAAAGCUACAAUAAAACCGCAGUUAAUAGUAACUUUAAAAAUAAAGAAAAAGUUAUGAAUAAAGACUGUAACAAUGAAAAGAACUCAGGUGAGGCAAAGACACCCAAAAAAGAGACAAGCACGGAUCAAGAUAGUUUAAAGAGUAAAAUACAAGAACAUACGAACAGCCGCAGAAGCUCAACUCAGUCAAACAAACAAGGUACCGAAGCGAAUACAUUUGAAAAGAAAUUUUACUACGUAAAUGAUACGUACGAGAAAAACAAGGUCACCAAUGAAAAAUUCGGAGAAAUGGUUUUCGAAGAGUUCGAAGUUUUAGAAUCGUGCUAUGAUAGUUUAAAUAGUAGUAAGUCGACGAACUAGUUAGUUUUAAACUAUUUCUCUUUAUAUCGUGAUCUAUAUACGUUUAAAUAAUUUUAUUUAAAUUAUAUUGUUUGUAAAUGUAAUAAUAUUCUUUAAAUAUAAUAAUUUUAAUACUUGUAAAGUAUUAAUCAAUUUGUAGUUAUAUUUAUAUUAGUUACUAUUUCAAACCAAAUAGUGAGCUAUAGCCCUGGUGAUGGUUUCUAAAACUUUAGAUUAAACGAUAUUCCAAUAA